AUGUACUGCGACAUGUUUCAAGUUUCUGUGGCUGGCAGGUGCAGGACUUUAGACUCAUUUCGCAUUGUUCCAUUGUAUGCAUUAGAAAUGGAACUGCUAGAUGAUUUUCCAGUCGUGACAUUUCGGUUUAUAUUGCUUGCAGUUAAUGAACUGGUAGUGCUUACUGCAAACGGUAUCAUAAACGCAUAUUCAGGCUUGUUGAGGUGUAGUAGUUUAAAGCAUCCAGCAGGGAAAUGUGAAGCAUAA